AUGACUGAAAUGAAGACACCAAAGACUGCUGCACAGCGUUUGAGAGAACUCAUUGCUGACAAGAGCAAGAUUGUCAACUGUCCAGGCGUCUACGAUGGGCUCACGGCUCGUCUUGCUCUCAGGGAGGGAUUUGACUGUCUUUACAUGACCGGAGCAGGCACAACAGCGUCAAAGCUUGGCAUGCCUGAUCUGGGACUGGCGACAUUCAAUGACAUGCUGGAAAAUGCUGCCAUGAUUGCAUCGCUUGAUCGGAAAACUCCGUUGAUUGCGGAUGCCGAUACUGGAUAUGGUGGUCCUGUCAUGGUGGCGAGGACGGUGCGAGCAUACAUCACUGCUGGCGUCGCGGGUCUUCACCUGGAAGACCAAGUCAUCACAAAGCGCUGCGGCCACUUGAGCGGCAAAGAACUAGUGGAUCAGGAUACAUAUAUAUCCAGAAUCAGAGCUGCCGCCAUGGCUAGAGAUGAGAUGAGAGCUGCGACGGGUGGCGAUAUUGUCAUUAUUGCUCGGACUGACGCCCUCCAGAGCCUGGGUUAUGAUCAAGCAAUCCAGCGUCUUCGCCUGGCGGUAGAGGCAGGCGCCGAUGUUGCAUUUCUAGAAGGACCUACAUCAGUCGAACAGUGCCGACAGGUGUGCCAAGACUUUGCUGAUGUCCCGGUUUUGCUGAACAUGGUCUCUGGAGGUGUGACCCCGAACUUGAGCGUGAGCGAGGCCCAAGAGAUGGGCUUCCAACUCAUCAUUCAUCCGGGUCUCGCUCUCUUCCCAGUUUUGGAAGGUGUUGAAAAUGCUUUUCGAGGACUCAAGGCAACGGGGAAGGUUCAGGUGAGCGAGGCCCAAGCUAAAGAAGGUGUCAAAAGGCUCUUCAAUGCAGUUGGCCUUGGGGAUUGCAUAGAGUUUGAUGCAAAAGCUGGAGGAAUCUCCUAA